GCUGAGAGUCCGGUUCCGUUGUAGGGAAUGAACAGACCCUCUCUUCUCCUUCCUGUAAAACCAGGAUAAGGAAGCAGAACAAAAUGGCUGCUCUGACUAUAGACCCGAUAGAGCAGCCUCGGAUGUACCAGCAAAGCCUGCUUCAAGAUGGACUGUGUGACCUCUUGGAGAAUGACAAGUUUGUGGACUGUGUCCUCAAAGUCCGGGACAAAGAGUUCCCCUGCCACCGCUUGGUUUUAGCAGCCAGUAGCCCCUUCUUCAAAGCCAUGUUCCUGUCUGACCUGGAGGAGACCAAGACACGUGACAUGGUCCUCAAAGAUGUUGAGCCUGGCACAAUGGGGAUGAUCUUGCGCUACCUCUACACCUCUGACAUCAAUUUGACAGAACAGAACGUCCAGGACAUCUUUAUGGUCGCUAACAUGUACCAGAUUCCGUCCAUCUUCUCUGUUUGUGUAUCCUACCUUCAAGAGAAGCUGGUGCUAGGCAACUGCUUGGCUAUCUUCAGGCUGGGGCUGCUCCUGGACUGUCCUAGGCUUGCCUUGACUGCUCAGGAGUUCAUCUGCGAACGCUACCAGGUUGUAAUCAGAGACCAGGACUUCCUGCAGCUCGCCACGACUGAGCUGGUCCUCAUCAUCAACUCAGAUGCACUUAAUGUGGAGCGGGAGGAACUGGUGUUUGAAUCGCUGAUGGACUGGGUCAGACACAAUGAGAAAAAAAGGGUACAGGAACUGCCAGAAUUGUUGCAGUGCAUCCGCUUCAGAUUAAUGCCUUUGGAUUACUUUAAAGAAAAAGUGGAACGCCAUCAAUAUAUCCAGUUUAACCAGGAGAUCAAGAAAGAGCUGGAUCUGGUUAAGGAGGCUCACAAAGGUCGUCUCCCAAAGCCGAAGUCGGAAAGAACUGAGGGAGAAGGACGUGAGGAGGAUGAGGAGGGUUAUCUGCCGGGAAUACUCAACAACAACCCUCGUUUUGGGAUGUUUGAGAUGGACUUGCUACUCAUGAUCAGUGAAACGGGAACUGUGGCCUAUGAACCAGUUGAAAAUGAGUGCUUUGUGGUGUCAGACUCGAGAGAAAUUCCAAAGAACCACUGCAGUCUGGUAACUAAAGAGAACCAGGUGUUUGUUGUGGGCGGGCUUCUCUACAACGCGGAGAACCAAGACGACCCCUUCAGCUCGUACUUCUUACAGUUUGACCCGGUAAGUUCAGAAUGGUUAGGAAUGCCCUCACAACCCAACCCUCGCUGCUUGUUUGGAAUGGCAGAACUAGAGAAUUCUAUCUAUGUUGUUGGAGGUAAGGAACUGAAGGAAGGGGAGCACGUUCUGGACUCAGUCAUGAUCUAUGACAGACAGUCGUUUAAAUGGGGGGAAUCGGACCCUCUUCCAUAUGUCGUGUAUGGCCAUGGAACUGUGUCGCGCAAAGGGCUUGUCUAUGUUAUCGGAGGGAAAUCAGAAAGCAAGAAGUGCCUGAAGAGAGUCUGUGUCUACAACCCCACUAAGUUUGAGUGGAAGGACUUGGCCCCCUUAAAGACAGCCCGCUGUCUGUUUGGUGUUGCAGUCCACCGGGACCGGAUCUUUGUUGUGACAGGAGUUACAGACACAGGUCUCACCAGCUCUGUGGAGGUCUAUGACAUAGCCAGCAACAACUGGUCUGAGUUUACCGAGUUCCCACAGGAGCGCAGUUCCCUCAGUCUAAUGUCCAUGGGGGGCUUCCUGUAUGCCGUGGGGGGCUUUGCCAUGAUGCCCAGUGAAACCAGUGAGGAGCCUGUCCCAACAGAAAUGACUGACAUCUGGAGAUACGAUGAGACGGAGAAGUGCUGGAGUGGGAUUCUACGUGAGAUUAUCUAUGCGGAGGGAGCCACCAUUGUUCCAGUCCGUCUCAACACUCUGCGCCUCAACAAAUUAUAACACAUCUGUAACAAUGCUUUGUUCAUGGAGUCAGUGUACAUAUUCCCGUCACUGAGGAUGAGCCAGAGAAUGGGAAUUGAUCAUAAAGUACAGGAUAUAUUUUAUAAAAGCUGGUUUACACAUCUGUCUGUUCUCGUUACACCAUAUUACCAAAAGUAUACGCUCACCUGCCUUGACUUGAAUAUGAAUUUAAAUAUCAUCCCAUUCUUAAUCCAUAGGGUUUAGUAUGACAUCAGUCCACCCUCUGCAAUUGUAACAUCUUAAACUCUUCUGGAAAGGCUUUCCACAAGGUUUAGGAGUGUGUUUAUGGGAAUUUAAGAGCAUUUUUUUCCAUUUGUGAGGUUACACACUGAUGUCGGACGAGAAGGCCUGGCUCUCAGUCUCCACUCUAAUUCAUCCAAAAGUGUUCAAUUGGGAUGAGGUCAGGAUUCUGCAAAAUAGUCAAAUUCAUCCACAUCACACUCUAAUGUCUUUAUAAACCUUGAUUUAUGCACUGAUGCACAGUCAUGUUGGAACAGGAAGGGACCAUCUCCAAACUGUUCCCAGAAAGUUAGAAAUGUCCAAAAUAUUAGCCCCUGAGCUCCAGUGAAAGGAUCUCUGAAGGCUUCAGCCUAUCAAGAGAUUUUUGACAGUCAAACAGUUUGGGGAUUACCCCUUGCUGUUCCAACAUGUCUGUGCACCAGUGCACAAAGCAAGGUCCAUAAAGACAUGGAGGAGAUAAUUUGGUAUGGAUGAACUGCCUUCAACCUGAUAACGGAACACCUUUGGGUUCAUUUCGAAUCGACAGUGAGCCAGGCCUUCUUGUCCGACAACAGUGUGUGACCUCACAAAUAUGCGUCCGGAAGAAUGGGCAAAAAAAAAAUCCCAUAAACUCACUCCUAAAUCUUGUUGAAAGCCUUCCCACAAGAGUUGAAGCUGAAACAGUUGCAGAGGGUAGACCAACAUCAUAUUAAACCACAUGGAUUUAGAAUGGGAUAUCACUUAAAAUAAUAUUUGAGGCAAGGCAGGUGAGCAAAUACUUUUGGCAAUAAAGUGAAUCUUCUACAAAGCAAAUGAGUGUUUGCAUCCAAUUUAGUGAGGAGUUUGAAACAUAAGUCCAAAGUGCAAAUGAUUUUAUUCACCUUCCACAGGUAUUUUGUCGACUAACUUGUCAUACCUGAUUCCAUAAAGUGUACAGUACACAGUAUUUACACAACAUUUAGAGGGCACCGCAUAGGAGACACACCCAUUCUUGAUAUAAUGGCAACACCGGGAGUGAACAUUACAUAGCCUUAAAUGUAAACAUCGGUUUCGAGUUGACACCUGAGUACUAGAAGUCAUCGUCAUAAAACACGCCGUAAACGGACGCCUUUCCCGCAUUUACAGGUAUACUUUGUGUACAAUACGCGUGUGCAUGCGCGCGUGUGCGUGUGUGACAUUUAGUCCGAGGUACCUUCAGCGAGUUAAUGUAAACUGAGC